CACAUGCUGCUUUGCCUGAAAAGGCAGGGGGGAGCCGGAGGGGAGACAGAGAUCGCGAGCGAGGCACCAGCCUGCAGCCGACCCCCGACACAUCCUCAGCCGCGCAGACACUCGGCGAGGUGGAGGUGAGGGCGGGCGCCAGCGAACUCGGAGAGGGGCUCGCUCACUUGCAGGCGAUCCCAGCCGCCGCCGCCCCAGCAGCAGCAACAGCAGCAGCAGCAGCUUCCUUCCUCAGACUUCCCUCCAGAGGCUGGCCAAGCGGGUGUAGCCGUUGGGGAAGGCUCCCGCUAGGGGAACCCGGCGAGGAGAAGAGCAAGGCGGCCGCCUCCCACCCGGGCUGUCCGGCGGCGGCUGCCUCCGCCCGCAUGUCCGUCCCGGGUACCGGGGGAUGUGUGUCAAUUUACGCCUCUGAGACCACACAGCUGCCUGGGGUCCGUGUGAUGCCCACGGCAAGUCUUGGCUUUAAUUAUUAUUAUUAUCAUUAUUAUUACGCCUGGCUUUCGGGAAAUACUCGUGAUAUUGUAGGAUAAAGGAAAUGACACUUUGAGGAACUGGAGAGAACAUACAUGGGUUUUGUUUUUGAGAGGAAACCCGUGUCUUUUUCCCGGCUUGUUCCCUCUUUGCUGAUUUCAGUGGCUACUCUCCCUCUUCCUGGUGAGGUGGAAAUUCCAGCAAGAAUAAAGGUGAAGACAAGCCAGCAGGACUCAGGAGGGAAACACCAUUAGAAACCUCUGCAUAAGACGUUAUAAGGAAGAAAAUAAGAGAGAGAAAAACACAAAGAUUUAAACAAGAAACCUACGAACCCAGCUCUGGAGAGAGCGACCUUCUCCAAAAUGGAUAUGUUUCCUCUCACCUGGGUUUUCUUAGCCCUCUGCUUUUCAAGACACCAAGUGAGAGGCCAAUCAGCUGCUACAGGUGAUUGGAGAUGGAGAAACCAUCUAUGGAGGAAAUGGGUGAAUGAAAGAAGAAAAAGCCUUCCUGAAGUGCCUCACCCAAGCCACUUGCAAGGCGAUGGCGGCAGUGACCCACCGUGCGGAGGUCGUUUGAAUUCCAAAGUUGCUGGCUACAUCACCUCUCCUGGUUACCCCCAGGACUACCCCUCCCACCAAAACUGCGAGUGGAUUGUUUACGCCCCCGACCCCAACCAGAAGAUUGUCCUCAACUUCAACCCUCACUUUGAAAUCGAGAAGCACGACUGCAAGUAUGACUUUAUCGAGAUUCGGGAUGGGGAUAGUGAAUCCGCAGACCUCCUGGGCAAGCACUGUGGGAACAUCGCCCCACCCACCAUCAUCUCCUCAGGCUCCAUGCUCUACAUCAAGUUCACCUCUGACUACGCCCGGCAGGGGGCAGGCUUCUCUCUGCGCUAUGAGAUCUUCAAGACAGGCUCUGAAGAUUGCUCAAAAAACUUCACAAGCCCCAACGGGACCAUCGAAUCCCCUGGGUUUCCUGACAAGUAUCCGCACAACGUGGACUGCACCUUUACCAUCCUGGCCAAACCCAAGAUGGAGAUCAUCCUGCAGUUCCUGCUCUUUGACCUGGAGCAUGACCCUUUGCAGGUGGGAGAGGGGGACUGCAAGUACGACUGGCUGGACAUCUGGGAUGGCAUUCCACAUGUUGGCCCCCUGAUUGGCAAGUACUGUGGGGCCAAAAUACCCUCUGAACUUCGUUCAUCGACGGGGAUCCUCUCCCUGACCUUUCACACGGACAUGGCGGUGGCCAGGGAUGGCUUCUCUGCGCGUUACUACCUGGUGCAUCAAGAGCCACUGGACAACUUUCAAUGCAAUGUCCCUCUGGGCAUGGAGUCUGGCCGGAUUGCUAAUGAACAGAUCAGUGCCUCAUCUUCCUACUCUGAUGGGAGGUGGACCCCUCAACAAAGCCGGCUCCAUGGUAAUGACAAUGGCUGGACCCCCAACUUGGAUUCCAACAAGGAGUAUCUCCAGGUGGACCUGCGCUUUUUAAACAUGCUCACGGCCAUUGCAACACAGGGAGCGAUUUCCAGGGAAACAAAGAACGGCUACUAUGUCAAAUCCUACAAGCUGGAAGUCAGCACUAAUGGUGAGGACUGGAUGGUGUACCGGCAUGGCAAAAACCACAAGGUAUUUCAAGCUAACAACGAUGCAACUGAGGUGGUUCUGAACAAGCUCCAUGCUCCGCUGCUGACAAGGUUUGUUAGGAUCCGCCCUCAGACCUGGCACUCAGGCAUCGCUCUCCGGCUGGAGCUCUUCGGCUGCCGGGUCACAGAUGCCCCCUGCUCCAACAUGCUGGGGAUGCUCUCAGGCCUCAUUGCAGACUCCCAGAUCUCUGCCUCUUCCAUCCACGACUACCUCUGGAGCCCCAGUGCAGCCCGCCUGGUCAGCAGCCGGUCGGGCUGGUUCCCUCGAGUCCCUCAGGCCCAGCCGGGUGAAGAGUGGCUUCAGGUAGAUCUGGGAACACCCAAGACGGUGAAAGGUGUCAUCAUCCAGGGAGCCCGCGGAGGAGACAGCAUCACCGCAGGAGAAUCCAGGGCGUUUGUACGCAAGUUCAAAGUCUCCUACAGCCUAAACAGCAAGGACUGGGAAUACGUUCAGGACCCCAGGACCCAGCAGCCAAAGCUGUUCGAAGGGAACAUGCACUAUGACACCCCUGACAUCCGAAGGUUCGACCCCAUCCCAGCGCAGUAUGUGCGGGUAUACCCGGAGCGGUGGUCGCCGGCAGGGAUCGGGAUGCGGCUGGAGGUGCUGGGCUGUGACUGGACAGACUCCAAGCCCACAGUAGAGACACUGGGACCCACUGCAAAGAGCGAAGAGACAACCACACCCUAUCCCAUCGAGGAGGAGGCCACGGAUUGUGGGGAGAACUGCAGCUUUGAGGACGACAAAGAUUUGCAGCUCCCUUCGGGAUUCAACUGCAACUUUGAUUUCCCCGAGGAGCCCUGUGGUUGGAUGUAUGACCAUGCCAAGUGGCUCCGGACCACCUGGGCCAGCAGCUCCAGCCCGAACGACCGGACGUUUCCAGAUGACAGGAAUUUCUUGCGGCUGCAGAGUGACAGCCAGAGAGAGGGCCAGUACGCGCGGCUCAUCAGCCCCCCAGUCCACCUGCCCCAAAGCCCGGUGUGCAUGGAGUUCCAGUAUCAGGCCACGGGCGGCCGCGGGGUGGCGCUGCAGGUGGUGCGGGAAGCCAGCCAGGCGAGCAAGCUGCUGUGGGUCAUCCGCGAGGACCAGGGCGGCGAGUGGAAGCACGGGCGGAUCAUCCUGCCCAGCUACGACAUGGAGUACCAGAUUGUGUUCGAGGGAGUGAUAGGGAAAGGACGAUCGGGAGAGAUUGCCAUUGAUGACAUUCGGCUAAGCACUGAUGUCCCACUGGAGAACUGCAUGGAACCCAUCUCAGCUUUUGCAGGGGGCACCCUCCUGCCAGGGACCGAGCCCACAGUGGACACGGUGCCCGUGCAGCCCAUCCCAGCCUACUGGUAUUACGUAAUGGCCGCCGGGGGCGCCGUGCUGGUGCUGGUCUCCGUCGCGCUUGCCCUGGUGCUCCACUACCACCGGUUCCGCUAUGCGGCCAAGAAGACCGAUCACUCCAUCACCUACAAAACCUCCCACUACACCAACGGGGCCCCUCUGGCGGUGGAGCCCACUCUAACCAUUAAGCUAGAGCAAGACCGUGGUGGCUCGCACUGCUGAGGGCCGAAGCAAGAACAGCACCCAAAACAAACAAGAAAGGCUGCAAACACGUUGCCUCGAUUUUGCACUUUUUUCUCCUCGCCUAGUCUCUGUGUGAACUCUCAGACAUCUCUCUCUCACAUCCCCAACCCUGAGCACUCUUAUCAAUCCCAACCAUCCUCCUUGGGUUCAUUUUGGUUUCUGGUUUUCCUUUUUGUUGAUUCCAAACCAACAAACCCAACUCUAAUGCUGCAUCUUGGAAUAUCGGAAGAGAUCCACUCCCAAGCACUCCACAACUCAAGGCUCAGCUGGUUUUGUCCCAGAGACUGGUUCACUUGUUUUUCUCCUUGCCUUAUCCCAUACCUCCUCUCAGUGGGCAGUCUGCCAGGAGACUUGAGGGGAAGCCUGGAUCUGUGUGUAUGUACAUAGUAGACGUGUGCGCGUGUGAAUAGCUCUCUGUGGGUGUGGGUGUGUGUGUGACAGCCUGGUUCAUUGUGUGUUGGGGGUGGUGAGUGUUCAGACCUGGAUCUGUGUGUAUGUACAUAGUAGACAUGUGCGCGUGUGAAUAGCUCUCUGUGGGUGUGGGUGUGUGUGUGACAGCCUGGUUCAUUGUGUGUUGGGGGUGGUGAGUGUUCAGAGAGGGCCCCUUUAACUCUUGUGUUACUUCUCCUGCGGUACAUUUUACAAGAAAAUAAUAUACUGCAUAAGUUUUGUUGACUUGGAGAAGAGAUUGAAGCUUUUUGUUGCCUUAUCUAGCUCUGGCUGGGUUUCUGUUGGCUGCCAUUGUCAUCUCCAGGUAUCUAAAGAAAUAGAGGCUACAUGGGAUGCCAUGUGGCCUGUCUCAUCCCUACUCCCCAUCCCCAACCCACCUGACCCAAGAGGAAGGUUCCACUAGCCCACUCAGACAAGACUUCCUUGUCUUCUGGUGUCUUUGAAGUGUCAAGAUAACAGCCACGGGUGUGUGCGGAACCACCUCUCCAGCCCUGAAGCAAGUCUGUCUCAUGUUGCCUUAUAAAAGAGAAGCUCAUAAUGAAUGUUUAGCUUUUAUCAGUUAAGUCCAACCUUGGAAUAAGUCAUAUGGAAUAACAAGUCUGGGACUGAUGUAGGAAAAACAGUAGUCUGUUUAAGUUGAGAGCAGGAGGGGGUGGAUGAGAGAAGGGAGGAGAAGGAAGAACUGAAAAGCUGUCUCCCCACCCAGGGUGGUUAUUGGGCCCAACUUGGGAUGGGGUUGAGUAAGAAGGUUAAAAACCGUAUACUUUGGUAUUAUAUUGGUCAUUGUUACAGCAGUUGUAAAAUAUGGGGGGGGGGGGGAGGAUCAUUUGUUUUCCUUUCAUGGUGUUAAUGUGUGCCUGAAUCUAUAGCCACUAAAAUGUAAGGCUGUCUACCUGACUUAUUUAAAUAUGAUGAGAGAAUAGAAAGGAAUCAUUUGUUAAGUGUACCAAUGUGCUGCCCCUUAAAGCAUUCAUGGCAUCUGGCAAAUAGACACGCGUAGGCUGGCCCAGCAUACCCAGAUGUUGCUGCAUCAUCACAGAGAAGGUCUAAGGAAGACGUAACCGUUGCUGCUCAUGUGUCCUCUCUAAGCAACGUGGGGAGCGGGAUGUAAGAGAGAAGUUGCUAAUGACACCGUGCAAAAGACAGAUUAAAUAAUAAAGUCAAUUUCAUUGAUAGAAAUGCAAAUUUUAAGCUUCUCAGUGUACGAGGACUCAGCCUCAGGAGCAUUUAUUUUUUACCUUCCUGCUAAAAAUCCACUGGGGAGGUAUAAAAUUCACUCCAAAGAAGUUUGCCUGGGCCAGAAGCCUCCAGGUUCCUUCUGCGAACAAAAUACUAAUGGUUUUUUUUGUUUGUUUUUUGUUUUUGUUUUUUUGUGUUUUUUGGGGCUGCUUGGGAGAGAGACUUUCAGCAUUCUUUCACGAUAUCCAGAUAGGUUCCUCCAGCACACACACACAACUUUCGCAUCUGGUUCAUUUCAUCCUCCUGAAAGAAUGGUGCUCUCCUACUCUUAUUCUAUUUCAAAGAGCUACUCUGUCUCAACCACAGCAGCCUGCCAAGAAAAGACAAGAUGAAAGGCUAGAGCAUGUGCUACCUUGAGAUUUCAAGAAGUGUCCUACCUCAGCUGAAGACAGAGAAAGAAACAGGGAGGGGAAAGGGGAUCAGAAGCCCAGGGUACCAUGUAAUGACUAAUAUGCCAGUCACUAAGGGUUUUUAUCUCGGCUGUCCACAUCCAGUCAUGCGUUUCGGGCCAGGCAUUCCUGCAAAAUGAUUGACAUUCCUGUAGGUGCCCCAUUGAGGUGUGGCGUCAAGAAAUUACACCUGGAAAAUCCAGCCAGUGUAGUGACCGGCUGAGUUACCAUAUAUCCUGGGGAUUCCCCCUUCUGUAAAAGAAGAUGACUACAACCUUGUGAACUUGCUGUAUCUUUAUUUGAUGCCCCAAGUGGCAUCAUUUUUAUGUACAUGCCUUAGUUGAGAAUAUGAGAUGGCCCUAAUCUUUGUGAAUCCCUUUACACUUCAGCUGAGGAUGUCACAUUCUCUGUCUCUCCCCAGCCCGCAACCUCUGCCCUUGAUCUGUCUACUGAGCAAUUUUGAUAGUGUCAUCCAGGUGCUAUGCUAAAAGGUCACCUCUUCUAUAAAAUGCCAUGCUUCGCAGCUUUAAAAAGCAAAAUUCUGUAUUACAUGGAGGGAGGGAAGGGUCACUCUCUUCUAGGAAAAACAUACUGGAAAGGCGAAUACAUGCAUGCAUGUGUUUGGAGUUGCUCUCAGAAGAAAGAGAUGAUAGCAACUAUAAAAAUGAAUGAAUGAAUGAAUGAAUGAAUGAAUGAGUUGAAGGCCUAGCUUGAGUUGAUAAAGCUUUUGCCUUAGUAGAGGUUUUUUGUCAACACCUUCAGGAGGAAAGCCCUUAUCCCUGGGUUGAAAUCCCCUUCCUCGGCAUUAUGCUAGCAAAUUGCCAUCAUCUAGUUGCUGGCAAAGGCAGAAAAAGAAAACGAAAAAAUCAGCAUUGUCGUUGACAAAACUGGAUGCUGAAGAUAAAGUUGUCUUUUCCCUUGUCCCACAUUUUUGGGAUUAAAGCCAGAAUUGAAUAGGAAAUACAGUAAUAUUUCUGAGGUUGAAAGCCUAUCUUUAAGAAGACCCUGUCUUUAAAAUGAAACUAGCAAGCAAACACCUAAAUAAUCAAAAAUUACCAAAGAACAACAAUGAAACAAGAAAACCUAAAGAUUUUUACUUCCUAUUCCUCUCCUUAUUACUGUGACACUCCUUGCGUUGCUCAGUUGCCUGUGUGUCAAGAUAACUUGUGGACAUUGGAAAUUAUUUGAAAAUGUAUUGUGUGGAAUGUAAUAAAAUGAUGAUAUUUUUAUACAAA